UUGGAUAAUUUGUUUAAUUCACAUCGAUGUCAAAUUUUUUUUUGAAAAAAUAAUGAUGAAACGUCGAAAAAUUACUUUAGAUAAUGAUAAUCGACCAAGUUGUUCACGUACUGAAGAUGAAAUUGAUGAUGAAAAAUUUGAAGAAAAUCAUCGACGUAUACAGAAAUGUAUACAGGAAAAAUUAAAAAAUGAAACAAAUCAAAUUGAUAUCAAAUCGAUUGGUGAUUUUGAUACUGUUGCUGAUGCCUAUGAAUAUAUUCGACAAUUAUGUAAACGAUCAUUGUUGUUGCAAGAACGAUCAUUACCACCAAUAGUUUGGCGUCAUCAAUUAUAUUCAUUAUUCGAUGAUACAUCCAUAGUUGAUGUUCAAUUGGAAAAAAUGAUCGACAACAAUUUGAUUCGAAUCGUUUGUCAUGGAGAAUCAUCACGUGAAAAUGAUGCAAUCAUAAAAAUUGAUGAUUUUAUUUAUCAUUUGAAAAAAGAUUCAAAAUCAAAAAAUUUAUUUAUCGAAUUAUUUAUUGAAAAAAUUUUACGAAAUAUAAAACAAACAGAAUAUAGUGAUAAACAAUUGAAUGAUGUUGGAUUUUUAUCCGAAUCUUUAACCAAAUUAUCAUCAUUAGGUUUACUUACAAAAAAUGAUCUUAAUCAUCGACAAUUAUCAUUUGCCGGUUUAGGUAUUAUGGUACAAACAUUGAAUAAUGGUCGUGAAAAAUUGUUAAAGAUUAUUAAAAAAUCAAAAUAUUCACAAUUAUUACAAAGUGAAUUAAUUAAACGAUUUGAAUUUCAAUGGAAAAAUAAUUACUUAAAAGAAUCAUUAAAUCGAUUUGGUAUUGAAUUUCAUCUAUAUGAUCUUUAUGGUCGAAAAAAUUUAGUUUUAAGAAAAUUGGCUAAUCUACCCGGUGAUUCAAUGAUUCAGUUAAUAAUUUGAUUAAUCAAAAUUUAUUCGAUUAAAUUUAUCAAAAAAAAAAA